AUGUCGUUUAUGAACUUUGAACCAAAGCCAUUGGCUGAUACUGAUAUCUUCAAACCAAUCAAGAUUGGUAACACUGAAUUGAAGCACAGGGUUGUCAUGCCUGCAUUGACAAGAAUGAGAGCGUUGCAUCCAGGCAACGUUCCAAACCCUGACUGGGCUGUUGAAUAUUACAGACAACGUUCCCAAUAUCCAGGUACUAUGAUUAUCACUGAAGGUGCUUUCCCAUCAGCUCAGUCAGGUGGUUACGAUAACGCACCAGGUGUUUGGAGCGAAGAACAACUGGCUCAAUGGAGAAAGAUCUUCAAGGCAAUUCACGACAACAAGUCUUUUGUUUGGGUACAAUUGUGGGUUCUAGGUAGACAAGCUUUUGCUGAUAACUUGGCAAGAGAUGGAUUGCGUUAUGAUAGUGCUUCCGAUGAAGUGUACAUGGGUGAAGAUGAAAAGGAACGUGCCAUCAGAUCUAACAACCCUCAGCAUGGUAUCACCAAGGAUGAAAUUAAGCAGUAUAUCAGGGACUAUGUUGAUGCUGCUAAGAAGUGUAUCGAUGCUGGUGCAGAUGGUGUUGAAAUCCAUUCCGCUAACGGUUAUUUGUUGAAUCAAUUCCUAGACCCAAUCUCCAACAAAAGAACUGAUGAAUACGGUGGAUCCAUUGAGAACCGUGCUAGAUUCGUCUUGGAAGUCGUCGAUGCCGUUGUCGAUGCCGUUGGUGCCGAAAGAACCAGUAUCAGAUUCUCACCAUACGGUGUAUUUGGUACCAUGUCAGGUGGUUCAGACCCUGUCUUGGUGGCUCAAUUCGCCUAUGUACUUGCUGAAUUGGAAAAGAGGGCAAAGGCUGGUAAGAGAUUAGCAUACGUCGAUUUAGUCGAACCUCGUGUCACAUCGCCAUUCCAACCGGAAUUUGAAGGCUGGUAUAAAGGUGGUACCAAUGAAUUCGUAUACUCUGUUUGGAAGGGUAACGUGCUAAGAGUUGGUAACUACGCUUUGGACCCAGAUGCUGCCAUUACGGACUCAAAGAAUCCAAACACUUUGAUCGGUUACGGUAGAGCCUUCAUUGCCAACCCAGAUCUUGUUGAACGUCUCGAAAAGGGUUUGCCAUUGAAUCAAUACGAUAGACCCUCUUUCUACAAAAUGUCUGCGGAAGGGUAUAUCGACUACCCAACAUACGAGGAAGCUGUUGCCAAGGGUUACAAGAAAUAG